AUGAGCUGUGGGCUAGCUAGUUAUCCACUCACAGUUGCACUCCAUCAACCCACUGGUUUUCGUUGCAACGGACCUAGCUGCAGACAUCGUCCUAUCCACUCUUCGCAAUACUACAACCCACGACACCAACCCAACAAACCAUUAAUUGGUGUUUCGUGCCCACUUGCACCAGGUGGCGCGGGAGCUCUUCGAACAUAUAGCCGAACGGAGUAUCUUCAAGACAUCAGGACCUUGAACGCCAUUCCAAACGAAACAUUUGCGCCUUUGACCAGCCAAUCCAGUUCUAGUCCAACCGCACGAGUUAAUAACAAGCGAGACGGUGAACAACUCAGCAACAGUCAUAAUAAUAUGUCAGAUAACAAACGGCCACGCGUACCCUGCGCAGGUAUACCCGGCGUCGGUCCGCAUCUGGGGAAGUCCAAGGCCAUCAAUCGUCUAUGUACAUGGGAGGUGUGCCCCGGCGUACGUGUUCUCACAUACCAAAUUUGCUGCCGUACACAGCGAGGGGCCACUGGCAACAAGUGUUACACUCACGAGAACGCCGAGCGUUCAAAGCCUGCUCCAAGCACCCAACCAUUUCUUCAAACCGUAUCGGAAACCGCUGAGAUUAGUGGAUUCAUACCCAUACCAACAAGCAACAAUGGACGCCUCAACAUCCCCAACGACGACGAAGCAGACCUGCUAGGCCCUCCUCCGCCGGUUCAUCCUUUGGUUCUCUCACCUGCUACCAUGCGCACAUAUCACCUUAAUAGAUCACUUGAAGAAGAAUUCAAACGAGCCGCAGACGCCGCCGAGGCCACAUGUGAUAGAAACAUAUCUAUCACCCUAUGGAUUAAAGAGGAAAGUGAACCGAUGCCAUUCUUGUUUGCACCAAAAAUGAUGAAGCAAUAUGCCAUCUCCGAAUGCGAAGCUCUGGUUGCAUUUCUAUCAUCACAUGACCCACAUUGGAAUAAGUGCCUCCGUGUAUAUGACGCGAAAUCGGACAGAUGGAACUACACGUUGAUUACGACUAAAAUACCUAUGACUUCCACGCUUCGCGAGGGCCUGGUAUGUCUUACGACAGUCGAACCGAAGUUGUGCAAUGGAAUGGUCGAUUUACAGUCCAGAUUAAUUCCAGGCAGAACCAAAAUCAAAGCCAUUGUCGAUUCACUCAGAGUUACCCCCACCAAACCUGGCGCCCCCGGCACCAGUUUCAAUUCCGCCUCCAGCUCAAUUUCAGCAUGGAACGAGAGUACGGAUCAAUCAACACCUACACCUACCCCUGCCCUGGAAGAUGAAGUAGGCAAAGGAAAAGGCAAACGUGCAUUCUUACCUACUCCGCAUCGGCAACAACCGCCAAUCACUCCAAUAUUUGACGACUACAAGCACAAAGUAUCUGCUCAAAUGGCAGGCAGACGGCCCAUUUUCUCACACAACAUCUUGAACGACACACACAGCCCCUCGCCAACGUCCCCGUUUCGGUCUCAAGAAAGUGAUCCUCCCAUGAUUGACUUAACUGACGUUCGCCAGCUCAGCUCAAGUGAAAUCCAUGACACUGAGGCUAUGCUCAGUUCGCCACCACCACCCACCUCAGCGAUUCCAAAACCAAACCACAGCGCCGCGGCAAUCACGGCAGGCAGCACAGCACCGUCAAUUUCGUUAACUCUGCCAACACAACCGCCAGGCAACGCGGCAUCCCUCCAGGAACGGAGAUCGACCAGGAGGACUCACAAAACAGGCCUGUGGCCAGCACUUGACACGCCAAUGGCCAAGAUGACCCAGUGGCACGCCGCCCAUUUAACGACAAAGGGUAAGAAGGGGGUCUGGGAAAGCUUCUUUUCGGGAACUCACAAGUGGAAUCAUAGUGCCACGUUUCGAUACAUACGUUGGAUGAACGAGGUCACUCCGGAGCGAUGGGCCGCGUGGUUUGAGCAGUGUGAGCGAAAUCAACAGGAGACGACAUUUGAAGUAGCCCGAAGGGACUUUUCCAAAGAACUAGAUGCAGUCUGGUGA